UCUAUGCAAGAGAAGCUUUUGCAAGAAGAGCUGAUAGUUCAGAAGAUGACAAAUGAGCUUGAAGAAAAAGAACGAAAUAUAGAGCAGUUAAAUAAAACUCUCUCUGAAAACCAAAGACUGAUGGAAGAGAAUGCCUGCCUGAAGGAGCAGAUGCGGCAGGUGGAGCACUCCAGCCAGCCAGUAUCUGAGAAGAUGCCUAUAGCAGACCAGUUGUUCAAGGAAAUGUCCCAUUGCUUGUUUGACUUGAAAGCACUGUGCAGUAUUCUUACCCAGAGAGCUCAGGGCAAGGAGCCUAACCUUUCCUUACUGCUGGGAAUCAGAUCGCUGAGCUGUUCAGCUGAAGAGAAUGAAAAUUACCACAGCACAGAAACCCUUUCGAAGAAGCUCUUGGACGUUUGUCAGUUACGAAAGGAUAUUGAUGAAUUAAGGACUAUAAUGUCGGACCGUUAUGCUCAGGACAUGGGGGACAAUUGCAUUACUCAAUGA